AUGGCCAACCCUCCCCACGGUGGUGUCCUCAAGGACCUGAUUGCCCGCGAUGCUCCUCGCCGCAAGGAGCUCUCUGAGGAGGCCGACAGGCUCCCCGCCAUCGUCCUCAGCGAGAGGCAGCUGUGCGAUCUCGAGCUCAUCCUGAACGGUGGUUUCUCGCCGCUGGAGGGCUUCAUGAACGAGAAGGACUACAAUGGCGUCGUUGAAACUGAGCGUCUUGCCGACGGCAAUGUCUUCUCCAUGCCCAUCACCCUCGAUGUCUCUCAGCAGACCAUUGACGAGGUCGGUGUGAAGCCCGGCGCUCGCAUUGUCCUCCGCGACCUCCGUGACGACCGCAACCUCGCCAUCCUGACCGUCGAGGAUGUCUACAAGCCCGACAAGGAGAAGGAGGCCCGCCUUGUCUUCGACAAGGACGGUGACAUUGCUCACCCGGCCAUCAAGUACCUGUACAACACUGCUCAGGACUUCUACGUUGGCGGCAAGCUCGAGGCCAUUGACCGCCUGAUGCACUACGACUUCGUUGCUCUGCGCUACUCCCCCGCUGAGAUCCGCCUCCACUUCGACAAGCUUGGCUGGUCCAAGGUCGUCGCUUUCCAGACCCGCAACCCCAUGCACCGCGCUCACCGUGAGCUGACGGUCCGCGCUGCCCGCCAGCGCCAGGCCAACGUCCUGAUCCACCCUGUCGUUGGUCUAACCAAGCCCGGUGACAUCGACCACUUCACCCGUGUCCGUGUCUACCAGGCUCUCCUGCCCCGUUACCCCAACGGAAUGGCUGUCCUGGGUCUUCUGCCCCUUGCCAUGCGUAUGGCCGGUCCCCGUGAGGCCGUCUGGCACGCCAUUAUCCGCAAGAACCACGGUGCUACCCACUUCAUCGUCGGCCGUGACCACGCUGGUCCCGGCAAGAACUCCAAGGGCGUUGACUUCUACGGCCCGUACGAUGCCCAGGAGGCUGUCUCCAAGUACAAGGACGAGCUCGGCAUUGAGAUGGUUCCCUUCCAGAUGAUGACCUACCUUCCCGACGCCGACGAGUACAAGCCCAAGGACGAGGUUGAUCCUGGCGUCAAGACUCUUGACAUUUCCGGCACUGAACUCCGCAAGCGUCUCCGCACCGGCGCACACAUCCCCGAGUGGUUCUCGUACCCCGAGGUCGUCAGGGUCCUCCGCGAGUCGCACCCUCCCCGCAACAAGCAGGGUUUCACCAUCUUCCUUACCGGAUACCAGAACUCUGGCAAGGACGCCAUUGCGCGUGCCCUGAACGUCACCCUCAACCAGCAGGGUGGCCGUAGCGUCUCGCUGCUGCUCGGUGAGACCGUCCGCCACGAGCUGUCGUCCGAGCUCGGCUUCACCAAGGCCGACCGCAACCUCAACAUCCACCGCAUCGGCUUCGUCGCAUCCGAGCUGACUCGCGCUGGUGCCGCCGUCAUCGCCGCCCCCAUCGCUCCCUUCGAGGACAGCCGCCAGGCUGCUCGUGAGAUCGUCGAGAAGUACGGCUCCUUCUUCCUCGUCCACGUCGCUACCCCGCUCGAGUACUGCGAGGCCACCGACAAGAGGGGCGUCUACGCCAAGGCUCGCCGUGGCGAGAUCAAGGGCUUCACCGGUGUCGAUGACCCGUACGAGGCUCCUGCCAAGGCUGACCUGGUCGUCGACCUCUCCAAGUCCAACGUCAGGACCAUCGUCCACCAGAUCAUCCUUCUGCUUGAGGCUGAGGGUCUUCUGGACCAGUUGUAA